AUGGGCAUAUCAACUCCUCCAGACGAGCUGCGAGAGUGCAGCAAACUUUGCGGACCGGACAAGUAUUCUUUCUUGCCUGAGAACAGCUUGUCGUCGUCUGCUCCGUCAGGCUCAUCAACUCUCGACGCCGAUUAUGAGCUCACGCACACCAUGAUAGUCUUUUUCAUCUCGCUCAAGUACGACAAUACGGCACAAUACGAAUGGUGUGCCGAUGUGUCGCAGCCGGGAUUUCUGCUUAUGGCCGACCGCUUGGGCAUGCAUGACGCAGCUGUGCAGAACAUGCUUGGGCGGCCAGACUACUGGUCUGCCUUCGGUCACCAACGGCAGCAGCAGAACGACACCCACCACCGGCGAGACUACGAGUUCUUCUGUCAGCAUCCGCGGUGGGCGCAGAAAACACGUUACGACCAGACGCACCACUGCGCGCCCUGUUCGGUCUACCUGCAUCAUGACGGCAGGACCAACACGUCGCGCUAUCUGGCUGCCGCAGCCAACCCGUUCUUGGUGCAUAUCAUGAUGUCGUCAUACACGUACGAGCAGUCGACUGAAUUCUUGCAGGAUGUGCGGCAGCGGCUCUUCUCACAGAUCACCGCCGUCAACGACUACAUAUGCCCUGCAAUCAACUUACGUAUCAACGUUAACGCCGAUCUAAAGGCAGACCGGCGAUAG